AAUCUUCCAAAACAAAGUUCUGCCAAUCUUAUCUUUGCCUAGUUAGUAGUUAGUUUUACCCUCAUUUUUCAUCAAAAACUGUCCAGGUUCAAUCUCGGUUAAACGCCAACCUUUUACUUCAAAAACCAUUCCUCUGUCUGUCAUUUCUCACAGACAAAACCAAUUCAUUUACCUUCUUCCAUUGAACUGUUAUUAACAAGCAAAUACAAUGGGAGAAGUUGAUCCCGCUUUCAUCCAAGACAUCGAACACAGGCCUAAACUCUCGAUCAUUGAAGCUGAAGGAAUACCCUUAAUUGAUCUUUCAGUGUUGAAUUCACCUGAUGCUGUAUCUGACCCCAGUAGCCUCGACAGCCUUGUCUCUGAGAUCGGUAACGCAUGCAAGGACUGGGGAUUUUUCCAAGUGAUCAAUCAUGGAGUACCAUUGGAGCAACGUCAGAAACUUGAGGAAGUAUCCAGGAAAUUCUUUGCUCAACCUUUGGAGGAGAAGGUGAAGAUCAGGAAAGAUGAAGGGAAGGUUUUAGGUUAUUAUGACGCUGAGCAUACCAAGAAUGUUAGAGAUUGGAGGGAGGUGUUUGAUUUUACAGUCCAAAAUCCUACUAUAGUCCCAGCUUCAAGACGCCCUGAUGACAAGGAAGUAGUUGAGUGGCAAAAUCAAUGCCCCGAGUAUCCUCCUGAACUAAGAGAAGCAUGUGAAGGAUAUGCAAAGGAACUAGAAAAAUUAUGUUACAAGUUGAUGGAACUUAUUGCCUUAAGCCUAGGCUUGCCAGCAGAUAGAUUCCAUGAUUUCUUCAAGGACCAAACCAGCUACCUCAGGCUUAACCGCUAUGCACCUUGCCCUGCUCCUGACCUAGUUCUAGGCCUUGGCCGACACAAGGACUCUGGUGCCCUGACCAUUCUUGCUCAAGAUGAAGUAGGAGGAUUGGAAGUGAAGCGAAAAUCAGAUGGAGAAUGGGUCCGUGUCACGCCUACGGCAGAUGCUUUUAUCAUUAAUAUUGGUGACAUUUUUCAGGUUUGGAGCAAUGAAACUUAUGAGAGUGUGGAGCACAGGGUCACGGUGAAUUCCGAGAGGGAAAGGUUUUCGAUUCCAUUCUUCUUCCACCCGGCUCAUUACACCAUGGUGCAGCCCUUUGAGGAGCUGACAAGUGAGACAAAUCCCCCCAGAUACAGGCCAUACAAUUGGGGAAAGUUUUUGAUCACUCGGAAGGGCAGUAAUUUCAGGAAGCUCGAUGUCGAAAACAUCCAAAUCUACCACUUCAGGAUAUCAAAUUUGGCAGACCGCGUAGAAGCACUAUCAGUGAUAUAAUAAAAUGGGGGCAUUAGCAUGUAAAUUAGUAAUAAUAAUUAAUAAGUUCAUUCUGUAUUGCUGAGGAGAUACUUUGAACACAUGGUGUGGUUAAUAUUUCUAGUAUGAACCACUAUGAUCGACAAUAAUGAAAGCCCUUUCAGUCAAAAGACAAAACACUUCCUUGAAAGUUUGUAAAAUCUAUCCAAUUUUGAUGAGCUUUGUCCAGUACCCAACCUAGAAACAUGGAACAGAAGCAGAAGCUCAUGAUCUUGGGUUUCACUUCCGGUUUAUAACCUUCCUUCCAUGGCACUAAUUGGAACUUCAUCAUAGCCACCAAAGCACUUUGUGCUAGUAUAUGGGUCUUGGUCUUGCCAUGGUGUUUGGUCAUGGCACUAGCUGGUGCCAAUGCUAAAAUCAGCUGGUCACAAUGUCACUGCCAUAGACCUGGCAGGGUCGGGUUGAUCCACGGCAAGUGAACAAUCUCACAUCGAUUUCUGAUUACAUCUAGCCAUUAGGGGAAUCCAUGGCAUCACUUUCUGAUCUAGAAAAAGUAUUCCUUGUUGUUGUUGGUCAUAGCCGUUUGGCUACCUCUCGCAGCGGAAAGGUUUCCUGAGAAGAUUUUUGUUGCUAUUUUCGUCGCUGCCAUUGAU